CGUAGCGAGAGGGGGUCGGUGCAGGUAUAACAGAGGUACGGAGCUCCUUUCUUCUUCUCUCUCCCACCAUGGGUACACGAUGCCAUCGAGGGUAACACCCCCAUUAUAGAGCGAAAGAAAGAGAGAGGGUGGGUUUUUCGCGCCGGGGCCAAAACCAGCCGGCAGUGAGGGAGACACCGGACUCUCGGAUGGAUCGACGGGGCCCCACAGCAGUUGCGCAGGUGGCCGAGGCACAACUCAGGAACGAGGACUCGCCGGCGCCCGGAAGAAAGUAGUGUUUGUUGUUCUUGUUUCUUGUUUCCUCCCGUUCUCACCUCCCGCGCCAUUGUUUCCGUAUUAUCGCGUCCUCUUCUCUGCCCCUGGCCUCGAGUGAACGCGCACCAGCCCGCGGAGCCCGAUCGGCUACCGCCCCUCCCCCCGCCCCCUCUCCCUACUCGGGACUUUGGGUUUUUCGGUAAGAGCCGCGCGAGAGCUGCGCGAUGUCGCGGCGUUCAUUGGGACAGGAGCCGCGGUGAGUGGAUGGUGCGCCGGAAAAACAGUGCCCCCGUGACAUUUUCCACGCAACACCAAGGGCCGAGCGGACGCCCCGCGUGCCGAUCUCCGGAUGACGACCAUGAGGCUCUGGAUGAUGCUGGGCGCGCUUGCGGUGGCCGUCCCGGCACUGCCCGCCGAGAUGAGAUCGAACAAGAAUCGCGGUCGAGGCUCCAUGUGGUGGGGCAUCGCGAAGGCAGGCGAGCCGAACAAUCUGCUGCCAAUGUCGCCGACCUCUUUGCACAUGGACCCGACGGUCUACGCGACACUAAGGCGAAAGCAGCGCAGGUUAGCAAGAGAGAAUCCCGGCGUCUUAAUGGCUGUGGCGAGAGGCGCCAAUCAGGCCAUCACCGAGUGCCAGCAUCAGUUUCGCAACAGGAGGUGGAACUGUUCCACGAAAAACUUCCUCAGGGGCAAGAAUCUCUUUGGCAAAAUUGUCGACAGAGGCUGCAGAGAAACCGCAUUCAUUUAUGCGAUAACGAGCGCCGCGGUGACGCACAGUAUAGCGCGAGCCUGCAGCGAGGGUAGCAUCCAGUCUUGUUCCUGUGAUUAUUCGCACCAGUCGCGCGGACCCUCGGGCGUCCGUGACUGGGAAUGGGGAGGAUGCUCGGACAACAUCGGCUACGGCUUCAGAUUCUCUAGAGAGUUUGUCGACACUGGCGAACGCGGAAGGAAUCUCCGCGAGAAGAUGAACCUACACAAUAACGAGGCCGGCCGAACGCACGUCUCGGCGGAGAUGCGUCAGGAGUGCAAGUGCCACGGGAUGUCGGGCUCGUGCACGGUGAAGACUUGUUGGAUGCGGCUGCCAACGUUUCGGCAGGUGGGCGACAACCUGAAGGACCGUUUCGACGGCGCCUCGCGAGUCAUGGUGAGCAAUUCAGAACGCACCCGGGGAGUGAGCAACGCCAUCACGAGCAAUUCGGCGAGUAAUUCGGUGCACGCUCAGCGUGAGGGCCUGUCGCGCCGACAUAGAUACAACUUUCAGCUCAAACCGUAUAAUCCGGAGCACAAGCCUCCGGGAGUGAAGGACCUCGUGUAUUUGGAGCCGUCACCACCCUUUUGCGAAAAGAAUCCCAAGCUGGGAAUAUUGGGUACUCACGGGCGUCAAUGUAAUGAUACGAGUAUCGGCGUCGACGGUUGUGACCUCAUGUGUUGCGGACGGGGAUACAAGACGCAGGAAGUCAUCGUUGUCGAGAGAUGCGGCUGCACCUUUCAUUGGUGCUGCGAGGUUAAAUGCCAGCUAUGCAGGACCAAAAAGACCAUACACACGUGCCUGUGAGGAGAGCUUGGAUCAUCGUCAUUCGAAGACCGAUCGAUGGACUGUUUCCUUUUUGUCCCCCCACCCCGCCGCCACAGCGACUUUCCUUCGCUUUCUCACUAUCCUUUUUGUUUCACCUUUCGACGAGUAUCGCUUCAUCGAUCGCCAAGACGUUGGCUUGGACAUUACGUUUUUAUUUUCUUAUUGUCUGUUAUACUUUCAUUCUUCAACUCUCCAUCAUUCUCGUGUCGCUUUCACUAUAUGUUCGUUUAAAAAGUCUGCAAAAAAU